GAACUUAAACCCUAAGUUUAACCAGUCUCCUCUCUCUCUUCAUCGCCUGCCAUGAGGAGGCAACAUCGGAGCUUCCGCCACCAAGGUGGCGGCAGCCACGGAGCACAGUGGCCGUUGGGACAAGCCCCAGCGCCUCUCCAAAACCAAAAUAUAUUCUACCAAAAUCCUAAUCAGUACCUCCAAACUCCCGUUCUAUUGCCUACUUAUCAGUGGCAGGGAAACCCUAAUGUUCCGUUGCAGACCUCCAAUUUUCCAAUUCAAGUUCCCCGCCAAUACCAACAGAACCCAAAUUUGCAGGUGCAAAACCCUAACGUUUCAAUCCGCACCUCCAAAGUUCCAGCACAGGCUUCCAAUUCGGCUCCUAAAAAGGGGCUCCACAGUCAUCCCCUUCAGGAGAACGUAACGGUUGAGUUGGUGGACCGCGCGGUGACGAAGGCCGGCCACGAUCUUCUUGCUGCCGGAGAAAGCGUUUCGUCAUGGAAAGUCUUGCAGUCGGCGCUGUUGAUUCUGCAGGCGGAGUCGUGGGAUUCGCUAGGGGUGCCAAUGAAGCGAGUCGUUUCUCUCAACCGCCUUAUGGAGAUAGAAGGGAAGAUUAAUUCAUUUAUCCAUUGCUUUGUUGGGGCCCGGAGAAUUACCUCACUGUAUGACUUGGAAGUGGAAAUCUGCAAGACAGAGGGUGUUCACAAAUUUGAUGAGCUUGAGUUGGGCCCUUUGCUGAGGCAUCCUCUUGUGGUGCAUUACUUUUCAGUCAGUUCUGACGUGACAGAGGUUUUCAAGAUAACAAGUAAAGAAAUAAUCUAUCUCCUUUCGGAGUUUAUGGAUGUUAGUGAUACAAGAAUUUACAUUGAGCCAUUUUUGGAUUUUAUUGCAAAGAAGAAAUCCGUUGCAAGCAAGGAAAAGCUGGGCUUGCGUAUCCAAAGCUUAAGGAAACAUAUUAAUGUUAUCCGGCAUGCAAAAGAAUUGGAAGAUGACACGAUAAAGAAAAGUCUGGUUUACAUUAUAAAUAAUUAUGAUAAGAGAAAGAAACGGCCACUUCUAUCCUUGGACAAAAAGCAGCUGGAUGACCGUUUUAGUUCUUUAUCAGAGCGUAUCAAAUCAUUUUCCUCAGUUACUGGGGUUUUUGGUGGCAAGCACCUAAGAUUUGCUUCAUCAAGUUCAGAGGAAGAGGAAGAUAGUAGCAACGAUAAUGUAGAUGACAUAGAUGCAGAAACUCACUGUGAUACAUUGACGAAAGAUGUGAACAGCUGUGAGCGGGUGAGCCGCUGUCCUUACCCAUCAGCUACUGAAGAGGUGUCUCGACUUGGGUUGAAAGCAAAUAAGAAUACUAGCUGCUCUCUGGCUAGCAAUAGUGCAAGGUGCAAAGAAAGCAAUACACAGUCAAAAAAGAAGAGAAAAUCUGAACAUUUAAGCAGCAAUAACAUUUCACCUUGCAAACUGCGUAAGAGAGAUGGUGUUGGAUCAGAUCUUUCAAUGGCCAAUGAAGAGAAGAUUCACAGUAAGAAUGCAUCCAAUCUUUCACUUGAUGAGGAGUCUCUGGGAUUGUUCAUCACAAUGUGGAAAGAGGCAUGCCACGUGAACAAUGCAAACAAGGUUUUUGAUAGAAUGUUGCAGGUUUAUAAAGCUACGAAUGUGACGAAAAAAAUGAGAAGGAUGUUCACGCGCUACCCUUUCAUUGGAUUGCUAAAUGUUGCUGUUAAAUCUAUUAAAUGUGGAAUGUGGGACAGCAUGUAUGAUACUUUACAAGCUUUCUCUCAACAUGAUGUGCCAAAUACACAUUCAGAGAAAUGUGUGAAUUAUGAAAGCAUUGAGAUUGAACCAGCUGAUAAUGAUCCACCAACCAUAGCUGAGCAUUUGUCAAAGAAAGAUAGGCGUGUCACCAUUGACAACAUUGUAGAGAAAUUAUCUAGUUAUUUUGAGGUUGAGUUUGACAUGUCGAGCAAUGGGAAAUCGUCCCUUGAAAAGAAACUUAUCUUUAUGAGGAAACUUCUAAAGUGUGAGUUUUGGCUGACUGAACAAUUCUCUGUUAAGGAAUUUGAGUCUUUUGGUUAUGGGGACUUCUUCACAUUCAUAGAGAAAAAUUUCUCUCUACUACCCAAUGCAUUACAGAAGUUCUUGGCUGGUGAUACAGCUGAGAAGCCUUCUUUGGAGGUUUGCAUGCUUCAGCAACAGCUGGCUGAAUUGCUAUCCCAAGCUAACAAUGCUUUAGGGGAAGAUGAAAAUAUAACUGAGCAGAUGAUCUCUACACUGCUUAUGUGGCAGUUUCCAGCUGUCAGUUUCACAUUAGUGGAGCAUGGUUCAUUGAGAGAUUCUAUUCAAAAGUUGAGAGAGAAGAAAAAUAUUUCUACACACGUGUUAUUUUCUGCAACUUUGUUAGGAAAACAUGUUCAAGACUCAAGUAGUGAGAAAGAUCUGUCAAAAACUGUGGGGUUGGAAUCCAAGAUUGCUGAUAAAGCUGGAAAUGUUGCUUUUUUUACUACAAAGGAUGCAAUUGAAGUCUUAAUUGGGGCACCAAUGUUGUCAGAUUUACAUUCUUGGACACAUUGGGAUCUCAUAUUCGCCCCAUCACUUGGUCCUCUUGUUGGAUGGCUGUUGAAUCAGGUUAACAUCAAAGAGCUUCUCUGUUUGGUGACAAAGGAUAGUAAAGUAAUCCGAAUAGAUCAUACAGCUACUACAGAUUCAUUCUUGGAAGCUUGUCUUCAGGGAUCAUCCUUCCGAACUGCAGUGAGCCUGAUAUCUUUAUUGUCACUUUAUGGAGGUGAAGGACAUACUCCGCUGUCUCUUCUAAAAUGUCAUGCAAGACAAGCUUUUGAAAUCAUUAUGAAGAAUUUUCUGGAAAUGGAUGUAAAUGACAAUCAAAGCAUUCUCAUUCAAGGGUCUAGAAAGCAAACAUCUAAUGAAGUUGCCUCCAGGUUUAUCAGUAACUUACAGAACAGAAAAAGCACAGCUUGUGGAGCAUUUACUGUUGUAUCAAGGUUUUUUAUUGAUUCUUUGGGUCAUCUGCCUAUGGAGUUCCGUGCUUUUGCUGCAGAUGUAUUGCUGUCAGGGUUACGAUUGGUUAGCAAAGAUGCUCCUUCAGCCAUAUUAGGUGAAUGCAAGCAAAUCAAGGAACGCCUCAUGCUUCAUGAUGUAGGGCUGUCCCUUGGAGUAGUGGAGUGGAUUGAUGAUUACCACUCAUUUUGUUCCCUUCUGACUACUGACUCAUUUAUAUCUUCUGGCAUCUCUUGUUUAGAAGCUGUCAAUUCUGAGUUCAAUGAGGGAUCAACUUAUACUCAAGAUGCAGCAAGUAAGAUUCCAUCUUCUGAAAAUCAAAUGAUGGUUGUUGAGGUUGAGCAGCAAAAUGAUGAACAUAUCAACAUUUGUUGUCCCCAUAACAAUGAGGAGGUUUCUGGUGAUCAUUUGAUUGAUGAUGUCAAACCAGAUUUAUCUGUUGUUGACAAAGAAAAUGAGGCAGCCUUGGUUAUUGAAUCUAUUAGGUGUGAAGAAUUUGGUUUGGAUCCAAGGUUAUCAGACAUGGAGAGUAGCUUGAUGAAGAAGCAGCAUGCUCGUUUAGGGAGGGCUCUCCAUUGUCUUUCACAAGAGUUGUAUUCUCAGGAUUCACAUUUUCUUCUGGAGCUGGUUCAGAAUGCAGAUGACAAUGUCUACCCGGAUAACGUGGAGCCGACUCUGACAUUUAUUCUUCAGGAUUCAGGCGUUAUUGUCCUAAAUAAUGAACAUGGGUUUUCUGCUGAAAACAUUAGAGCACUUUGUGACGUUGGAAAUUCAACAAAAAGAGGAUGCAGUGCUGGAUAUAUUGGAAAGAAAGGCAUUGGCUUUAAAUCAGUAUUCAGGGUCACAGAUGCUCCAGAGAUUCAUUCCAAUGGGUUCCAUGUCAAGUUUGAUAUAAGUGUUGGGCAGAUUGGUUUUGUUUUACCAACUGUUAUACCUCCUUGUGAUUUCGAUUUAUUUCGGAAGCUGGCCUCUUUUGAUAAUGAUAAGAUGGAUUCUUAUUAUCAGAACACUUGUAUUGUGCUUCCUUUCAGAUCAAGGUUAUCAGAGGGUUCUAUGAUUAGUAUUAAAUCGAUGUUUUCAGAUCUUCAUCCAUCGUUAUUGCUGUUCCUUCACCGCCUCCAAUGUAUACGGUUUAGGAACAUGGUUGACGAUUCUCUAAUUGUCAUGAAGAAAGAAAAUUUGGGGAAUGGAAUUGUGAGGGUUUCUGUUGGAAGACAUAAAAUGACAUGGUUUAUAGUGUCUCACACAUUGCAAGCUGGCAUGAUUUGUCCUGAUGUGCAAAGGACAGAAAUCUCAAUAGCAUUCACACUGCAGGAGUCCAAUACAGGGGAUUAUAUCCCAUGUCUGGACCAGCAACCUGUGUUUGCUUUUCUUCCUCUAAGAAAAUAUGGGCUAAGGUUUAUUGUCCAAGGUGAUUUUGUUCUUCCUUCAUCAAGAGAAGAAGUUGAUGGUGAUAGCCCAUGGAACCAGUGGUUACUAUCAAAGUUUCCGGAUUUGUUUGUUGAUGCGGAGAAGUCUUUUUGUGACCUUCCUUAUUUUAAAGAGAAUCCUGGAAAGGGUGUUACUGCUUUCAUGAGCUUUGUUCCACUUGAAGGGGAAGUACAUGGAUUUUUCUCUACUCUUCCUCGGCUUAUUAUUUCUAAAUUACGAAUGUCAAAGUGCUUGCUGACGGAAGGGGUUAAAAAGGAGUGGGUUCUUCCAUGUAAGGUUAUAAGAAGUUGGAAUGAGCAGGCUCAGUUUCUAUUGCCAGAGAGCUUACUCCGAGAGCACCUUGGCUUUGGGUUCUUAGAUAGAAAUAUUGAUUUAUCUGAUUCGUUAGCUAGAUAUCUGGGUGUUGAGGAUUAUGGACCAAAACUUCUCCUUCAGAUUAUAUCUUCCCUGUGUAACUCAGAGAAUGGUCUCAAAUCGGUAGGCCUGGUUUGGUUAUCUUCUUGGGUUAAUGCUCUCUACACAAUGAUCUUCGAUUCUUCUGGGAAAAUUUCUCUGCACACUGGGACAGCAUCUGAUCAUAUAAAUAACCUUAGAAGAAUUCCUUUUAUUCCUCUAUCAGAUGGCACAUAUAGUUCCGCAGAUGAAGGUACCAUUUGGUUACAUUCUGGUGCCUUCAGUACUGGGUCUGGGGAUGACAGUCCAGAAACUUUCCCAGCGUUAUAUGGAAAACUUAGGAUUGUAACUCCAGCCCUUCUUUCUGCUUCCAAAACCAUUGAUACAUCAUGUUUGGACAUGUCUGUUAUGGAUAAUGUUACUAGAAUGCUCCAAAGGGUUGGUGUCCAACAGUUGUCAACACAUGAAAUUGUGAAGAUCCAUAUCCUGCCAGCUCUCUCACAUGACAGAAUCGAAAUAGGUGACAAAAAAUUGAUGGUUGAGUACCUUUCUUUUGUAAUGUUUCAUCUACAAUCAAGUUGCCCUGACUGUCAUCUUGAAAGGGGGCAUAUAAUCUCUGAGUUAAACAAUAAAGCUUUCAUUUUGACAAAUUAUGGCUACAAACGACCGACUGAGGUAUCAAUUCAUUUCAGUAAAGAAUUUGGAAAUCUUAUUGAUGCAAAUAAGUUAGUUAAUGAGAUGGAUUGGAAAUGGCAUGAGUUAGAUGUUGCUUAUUUGAAACACCCAAUCACUGGAUUACUACCUGGUGGUGUGAUGAAGUGGCGGGAGUUCUUUCAGGAAAUAGGCAUCUCUGAUUUUGUGCAUGUCAUUUCAGUUGAGAAGAGUAUCACCCAGAUAUCUGAUGUUGCACUCAAGAAUAUAUUGUGGGGUGGAGAUAUGAUAUUCCCUGGGGUGGUUGCUAAAGAUUGGGAAUCACCAGAAUUGGUUCAUUUGCUAUCCCAAUUAUGCUCAAUCCGUGAUCAGAAUAGGUGCAAAUACCUGCUGGAGGUACUUGAUACACUAUGGGAUGAUUGUUUUAGUGACAAAGUUGCCGGACAGUGCACUUCUAGUUCUGCUGGGGAUGUUCUUACCUUCAAGUCUUCAGUAAUAAGUAAUCUGUGCAAUACUCCUUGGCUAAUAUCUAGUAUGGAUCAUGAACUUCACUAUUCUAGAGAUCUAUUUUAUGAUUGUGAUGCUGUACGCUCAAUUCUUGGCACUGCAGCUCCAUAUGCUGUUCCAAAGGUGAAAAGUGGGAAGUUGUUGUCUGAUAUUGGGUUCAAGACUCAAGUUAGCCUUGAUGAUGCCCUAACAGUUCUUCAAGUUUGGAGGAGGUCCAACACUCCGUACAUGGCUAGUAUAGCGCAGAUGUCCAAAUUUUACACAUUCAUCUGGAAAGAAAUGGCUUCCACGAAGAAAAAAGUUCUUGAUGAAUUACGUCUGGGACCUUUUAUUUUUGUUCCAUAUUCGUGCAGUUUUUCUGAUGAGGAUAUUGUUCCGGGUGGCUUUUUUCAUCCUUCUGAAGUAUAUUGGCAUGAUGUUACUGGUUCUGUCAAAAAAAUCAAGGAAAUCCAUUCUCACUGCCAUUCUAAUGUGACUGAUCAUCCUGUAUGCAAGACAUUGUGCAAUAUUUAUCCCAGUCUUCAUGUCUUUUUUGUGGGUGAGUGUGGAGUCAGUGAGAUGCCCAAUUUCCAUGGCUACCUUCAAAUCUUGCAGCAUUUGGCAACUGUUGCUUUGCCCUCCCAAGCAGCUAAUACGGUUUUUCAAGUCUUUCUGCAAAUAAGUAAUGAACUGAAAUCUGGGUUAUUGAACUCUGAAGAUGUCAUUUCUUUGAAAGAAUCUCUUCUAAAAUUGGAAUUCAAAGUGCUUCCCACUGUGCUAGAUAAAUGGGUCUCACUACAUCCAUCCUUCGGCCUCAUCUGUUGGUGUGAUGAUGACAAGUUAAAGAAGGAAUUUAAGCAUAUGAACAACAUAGAUUUUAUGUACUUUGGGGAACUAGGUGAUGAGGAACAAGAGAUGCUCCUGGUGAAAGUGUCUCCUCUCAUGCGGACAUUAGGAGUUCCUGCUUUGUCAGAGGUCACAACACGUGAAGCAGUCUAUCAUGGGUUGACAGACAACAGUUUCCAAGCUUCAUUGCUUAACUGGGCUCUUCCUUAUGCCCAGCGUUACAUCUAUAAUUUUCAUCAUGAUAGAUACUCUCAUCUGAAGCAGUCUGGAUUCGAAUUCCUGACUCAUCUCCAAAUUGUAGUUGUUGAAAAGUUGUUCUACAAGAAUACCAUUAAAAGAUCUGGCAUUACAUCCAAUAAGCAAUUUAAAUGUAGCUGUCUUCUUGAGGGUGAUCGCCUCUAUGCCACCCAAGAAGCAGACUCGCACUCAUUGUUCAUGGAGCUUUCUCGUUUAUUUUUUAAUGGAAAUCCUGAUUUGCACUUAGCAAAUUUUCUUCACAUGAUUACCACAAUGGCAGAAUCAGGCUCCAACGAGGAGCAGACUGACUUUUUCAUUUUGAACAGUCAGAAGGUGCCAAAGCUUCCCAAAGCUGAAUUAGUCUGGUGCCUUCCAUCCAUUCCUUCAUCAAAAGAGAAUGAUGAAACGACCCCGGCAAGUUGUGAUUCAACCAUUAUCAAUGAGCAAGGUCCUUCAGAACUUGACUACUCAGGUUGGCCUCCACUGGACUGGAGAAGUGCACCAUGUUUCAGUUUGGCUCGUGCAUGUCAAUCGAAGGCACAGACAGCAAAUCCACCUCCAGCCAGUAGCCCGCAAGUUACAGGGGAUAUUUCUGAAGGAAAGAAUGCACAAACAGAUCGUGCAAUUCCAAUGGAGAUCGGUGCUGAUUGGACGAUAGAAGGUCAUUCUGCUGCAACUACAAUGACAGUAGUGAUACCCGACUCUGAAGCUUCAGGAGAUCAGUGCAAUCUGGUCACUUCUGCUAUAGAUGCUGCACGCAACUCCUCUGGUAUGGUUAGCCCAUCUGAUGACCGGAACUUAGGAUCAUCCGUCACUGAGAGGCAUCAACUUUCUUUUGGCACGCCCAAUCCACAUCAAGCCAUGUUAACUGGGAGACUCGGAGAACAAGUAGCUUUCAAUCACUUUGUCAGGAACGCAGGUGAGACUGUUGUGACAUGGGUCAACAAAAAUUUCGAGUCUGGAUUACCCUACGACAUUGUCAUAGGAGAUGAUGAUCAGAGUAGAGAGUACAUAGAAGUUAAAUCAACCAAGUCUGCAAGAAAGGACUGGUUUGCCAUAACCGCGAGAGAGUGGCAGUUUGCAACUCUGAAACCUGAAUCUUUCAGCAUUGCGCACGUCGUCCUAUUGGGCAACGACAUGGCGAGGAUCAGAGUAUUCAAGAACCCUGUCAAGCUAUGCCAGUCGGGCAAGCUGCAACUGGCUGUCUUGGUCCCGAAGCGUUUUUCAUCCCGAACCUGAAUUCACCUCCAUUUUUCUUGUGAUACCCAAUAAUCAAAGGAUGUCCUUGAAGGAAGUUGCAUAAAUGUGGGGUCUGUGCCAACACAAAUGCCAAUGGUAAGGUGCUUGACUUCCACAUCAAAUCCCAAUUCUUUCCAUGACUCAAACCCUAGAAGGUAUGGGAUCUUGUUGACUCUUAAUUCCGGUUGUAACAACAGUUCUACUGAUUUGGGUACUAGUUUUGUGGGUGUUAUUGUAUUGUAUAGUUUAGUUAUACUGGAAUUUGUGAAGAUUGAAAAUGUGGGCAAUUGGGGCCAGUGGAUUUGCUAUUACAAGUUAUAUAAUCUCUGUGAAACAGUAGGAAUUCUUUCAGAAACAUCUUUUGGAAGAUCAUCGCCAGUUCUUGGGCAGAAUGUGCAAAUGGAAACAGCUCUCCUUUUGUUAUUUGGAUAUCAAA